CCGCGCACCCGGAAGCGGCGGCGGGGCCGCGCCAUGGCGGGGACGGCGCUGAAGCGGCUCAUGGCCGAGUACAAGCAGCUGACCCUGAACCCACCAGAAGGGAUUGUGGCAGGUCCCAUGAAUGAAGAGAACUUCUUUGAAUGGGAGGCCCUGAUCAUGGGUCCUGAAGACACCUGUUUUGAGUAUGGGGUUUUCCCUGCUAUCCUGAGCUUCCCGCUGGAUUACCCGCUGAGCCCUCCCAAGAUGAGGUUCACCUGUGAGAUGUUCCAUCCCAACAUUUACCCAGAUGGGAGGGUGUGCAUCUCCAUCCUCCACGCUCCUGGGGAUGAUCCCAUGGGCUACGAGAGCAGUGCGGAGCGGUGGAGCCCCGUGCAGAGCGUGGAGAAGAUCCUCCUGUCUGUUGUCAGCAUGCUGGCAGAGCCAAAUGAUGAAAGUGGAGCCAACGUGGACGCCUCCAAGAUGUGGCGGGAAGACAGAGAACAGUUUAACAAAAUUGCCAAGCAGAUUGUGCAGAAGUCACUUGGACUUUAAGCUCACAGAAAGACUGAAGUGUUUUGUAUUUCUCUCCACCUGGAAAUGAGCAGUGCUCAGUGCUGGUACCAAAAAGGAAAACUUUGUAAAACUAUUGGCCUAGUUCUUAUAAUUCAUAAUUUAUUUACCAUUUCUUUUCUUCCACUGCUCCAGAGAAGCCUCUAGUUCACUCACUAAAUUGUGUGGAAAAGGGAUUCAAUGGUAGAGAAAAAUACAGAGACAAUGCUGUUUCAAAGGCUGCUUGUUGCUACCCUCCUUUGUGGUGUGGAAAGCCUGGAGAUUUGGCAAUCUGCAGCCCUCCCUCACCCAUCUGCUGUUGGAGAGCAGUUUGGAUCAUCUGCUGGCAGAAUUAGUUGUGUUUUUGUAGGUAGCAUUGCAUCAGGAGCAGCAGUAGACAGGAAUUACUCUAUCCAUUCUGUACUUGGUAGGUUAAGGGCAGCAGUUGCAGUCAGAGCUGAUCUGAAGAGUGUAGUUAGCAGGAGAGGCUGUAAAGCAGAGCUGUAGUCAAGGUGUGCUAGCAAAGAAAGGAGCUUUAGGCUGUGAGUGUGAGGGCUGGCUGGGGUCUGGAAUGGCCUGGAAUGGUGUUCCCAUGUACCUCUAUGAGCUUGUACUGAGCCUUUGAGUCACUGUUGGCUUGGCAGCAAUCCCAAGAGCUGCUUCAUUAAUCCUUGAGGACACUCAGCUGCAAACUCCACACUCAGAGGCACGAGCUGUGAAGGCUGCAUUGUGCAAGGUCACCUGGCUGAGGUGGGUCACUGGCAGCUGGAAAAUCUAGUGAGGGUGUUUUUGUUCUGCUGGGCAUGUUCACAGCUCUGCAAGAAUGCCAGCUCACUCUGGUGACAUGUGAGUGCUGAGAGGAUUUGGCACUGCUCUGCCAUCACACCUGUCACCCAUUUUCAGGUGAAUGAGCCAAGGUGAGCAUGAUGGAGUUGCAAAAAUCACUGAGUGCUCUGUGUGUUAAAUAGGAGCCAGAGAGGAUGGGCUGUUUGCUGGAGGAUGGUACUAGGUGUGCUUUGGACAUUGCAGUGUUGUAGCCAGUGUGCAGGAAAUUCCAGCUGCUCAGUUCCUAAAACUGCUGAGGGGCCUCUGCUGACCUUUCUGCUUUGCAAACCAAUCUCAUGUGUAGGUCCAAAUUUCUCCAAUUUACUACAAGCAAUAACAUGCCCAUUGAUAGCACAUGGAACCCAAUUUUGUUGGCAGCUUUAAAUGGGCUAAAUUUGACAAGGGCUGGUUUUUUGUUUUAUUUUUUAAAUGUGAAAAAGUGUGAUGUGGAAGGAGUCACACCAUGAAGAAAGCUUUGCAGAGGUGAUCGUGUGCAUGUGUGUGGUACAACUGUUCAGCAUUUUUGUCUUGCUGUCUGUGCUGCAGAUCACACUUGGCCAUUGUUGUGCACCUCUGGAGAGUUGUAUUGCUACAACCUGCUGAUUUUACCUCCUUGUAGAAAUAAUUGUGGAUUUGAUGUCAGGAUGGAAGUGGGACUGGACAUAGUUUGGGAGCAGAGAUGAUGAAAUAGUGUUGUACCUAACUAGUAUUUCAAGGCAUACAGGAAAAUGUAGCACUUUAUGCAAACUGGGAGUGUUUUGUGUAGUAGAGGGAGGAUUGUUCCUGGGAGUACUGCAGCCACCUUUGGGAACAAUCCUGGAAAGCUGCAGGAUCCACUGCAGAAACACAGACCUGGCAAAAGUGGGGUUUGCUUAAGUGCUGAGUGUUUUAUUCAUGUGUGCUUGCUCAUUAUCUUGAUUUUAUGGUGGGAUUUAGUCUGUAUACUGAAAAUAAAGUGCUUCUAUUUUCUCCUUU